CAACAGUGUCGGCUUGUAGCCAGCCGAACACGCCCUUUGCAACCCGGCCGGCAGGCCUCGUUGGCUGGUCACCACCGACACUAAUUAAGCUCCUGUUUUAAGUACUAGCAGCAGCACUUAACCACCAGGGACGGCCUGCCUGCCUGCCAUUGCCAUUGCCAUGCAAAAGAUGCACUGCUCCAGCAGUUAGUUGACCUCAAGAGCCAGAGAGGAAACCAAGGAGAAAACAACAAAGAUCAGGCAGGGUUUUUUCCCUCUCGGCUGCCUUUCACAGGCUCCACAGUACACCAAGCCACGCACAUCGCCGCGGUUGCAGUGCGGCUGGUCCUAGUAGCACGAUUUCAAUGCCUGCAACUGCAGUGUGCGCUGCGCCUCUGAGAGCUGAGCCCUUUCUUUUGCACCUUCCCUUGUGUCGCAGUCGCACUCGCGCCAUUUGAAACGCCACUACGACUCUACGACCUCGCUCGCUAGUGCUCCAGCGCGCGCCCGGCCGGUUUGGUAUAAGCAUGGCGGUUGCGGCGGCGGGCAGCAGGGCGAGAGCGGAGCAGGCCAGGCUGCAGUGGCGGGAGCAGGAGCCCCGGAGCCCCGAGAUGGCCGCGCCGCCAAGGCCGCCCAGGCCGCGCCCGGCGAGGGCGGCGGUCGUGUACUACCUGGCGAGGAACGGCCACCUCGAGCACCCGCACUUCAUGGAGGUCGCGCUCUCCUGCCCCGACGGCCUCUACCUCCGAGAUGUGAUCGACCGGCUCGACGCGCUGAGAGGCAAAGGGAUGGCGCGCGUGUACUCAUGGGCGUCCAAGAGGAGCUACCGGAACGGCUUCGUGUGGCACGACCUGGCGGACGACGACUACAUCCACCCGGUGGUCGGCCGGGAGUACGUGCUCAAGGGCACCGAGCGCCUGCACCCGGUGCCGCCGCCGGCGCUGCUGGACGCGGCGGCCGCGUCCUCCUCGUCGUCCGGCUCGCAGGAGACGCCCACCUCGUCGUCCUCUGCCGGGUGGGAGGCGCGCGGCAGGACGGCUCACCGGAUGAAGAGCGCCAGCGCGUGUGGCGCGGCCGACGCCGAGCUCGGGGAGUACGUGGCGUACAAGGGCGAGGAGCGCGCCGCGGACGCCGCGACGCAGACCGAGGACGGCGGCCGCGGCCACGGCCACAGCCACAGCCAGAGGCGCGUCCUGGCUCCCGCCGCGCAGGAGGAGCUGAGCAGGGCGGAGACGACGUCGCCGCCGACGGCGUCCACGAGCCCCGAGACGCUGGAGGCGCUCAUCAGGGCGGACGGGCGCGUUGUGGCGGCCGUCAGCGGCAGCGGCCGGGCCAGGGCGUCCUCCGUGCUCAUGCAGCUCAUCUCGUGCGGGUCCGUGUCCGUGCGGGACGCCUCGGUGGUGCCGCGCGCGCAGGCGCAGGCACAGGCGCACCACCACCACCACCACCACCACCGCGCCCGCCGCCCGCCCCGCCCGCCGGCGUCCGCGGCCGUCGACCUGCCGUCGUACCGCGCCAAGAUCGUGGAGGACAAGGAGUACUUCAGCGGGAGCAUCAUCGAGACCGCGAAGCGCUCGCCGGCCGACGACGUCACGUCCCUGGACCUGGCCGUUCUCCGGCGCUCGUCGUCGUACAACGCGGAGAGGGUGAUAAAGCUGGAGGUGGCGAAGGAGGCCGGGGACCUGCACGACCGCUGCAUCCCGCGGAAGCCCAAGGGCAAGAAAGACGGCUGGCUACCUGGUCAUCUCCUGCAGCUGCAGCGCGCAGGCGCAGCAGGGGAAUAGCAAGGGAUGACGUCGUGUGGGCGUCAUCGUUGGUAUCCUACAGUAUGCGUUGCGUUGGGAACGGUCGUAGAUGAGUGUCCGUCCACUAGUCCAGUUUGGUGUCUUCUGGUUGUUAGAUGCUGAUUGCUGAAUGCUUGCCUGUGAUUUCCGUGUGGGCUAGCGACUUCACGUUAUACGUGUCCUGUCUGCCUCGAUGUCUGGACUGUUUAAUUACUACUCCCUAGUGAUCUGAUUCUCUUUCU